CCUCCCCCGGGGCCGCCGCUCCGCAGCCUGGGCUGGGUCCGGCUCCUCCCGGCCCCUCGGCACCAUCUAGUGGCGCCGCACGGCCCGGGCCCCGGCCAGCCCCGGGGCGCGGGUCAGCCCGGGCCGGCCCCGCCGGUUCUCCCGGCCCCGGGGCCACGCGUGUCCCGGCGGGGGCAGACCCGGCCCGAGGGCAGCGCUGGAGCCACCGGCGCUAAUGAGGCUGCUCGGCGGCGCCGGCCCCCGCCCCAGGGGCUCCCGGCCGCGGCUGGUCCCGGGGAGCGGCGGGAGCGGCUCCGGGCUCCCCCCGGUGCCGCGGCGGGAGCGGAGGGGAAGGCAUGGCCCCGGGUCCGCCGUGGCGGCUACGGGCCGGGCGGUUCCGCAGGAACUGGUCUCCCCUGGCCGCCUCGGCGCUGGGCUGGGAGCGGUACCGGCCCCUGAAGAGCCGCGGCGUGGACCUGACCGCUGUCACCGCAGGAAAGCGACCCCGCGGGACGAGGGAUGACGGGGGGCUGGUCCCCAGGCAGCGCCUGGGCCACAAAGGGUUACGCAAGGCACCCUGGAGUGACACCUCUGCCACCAGCCCGGGAGCCCAGCUCCUUCCUGGUCGGAUCGAAGGCUCGCCCAAUCCAGGAGUGAGGAAGGGGCCGGGAGCUGCAAAGAGGAGGCGCAGCCGGUCCGAGCCCCCCGGCCAGGCGGCUGCCACUGUCCCCCUCCCCAGCUGGUGGGUGCCCACCAUGGAGGAGAUGGUGAUCUGGGAGCAGCACACGGUGACGCUGAGCAAGGACCCUCAGCGGGGCUUUGGCUUCGCCGUCUCUGGAGGCCGGGACCGUCCCAACAGGACAACCGGGGACACGGCAGUGUUCGUCUCGGACGUGGUGUCCGGGGGACCAGCGAUGGGCCGCCUGCAGAGGAAGGAUCACAUCGUGAUGGUGAACGGCCUUUCCAUGGAGAAUGUCCCGUCCUCCUUCGCCAUCCAGACACUCAAAACCUGUGGCAAGGUUGCCAACAUUACACUGAAAAGACCAAGGAAGGUUCACCUGCCCGUGAGCAAGAGCAGCCCCGGGUCCCCCGCCGUGCCCCGGCACUACGACUCGGAUGAAGAUAACGGGCUGCACAGGGGGGAUCCGGCCCUGCGGCGCUCCCGGGACGACCUGGACCACAGCCAGGGCUACGAUGGGGACUCGUCCAGUGAGAGGAGCUCUGGCCACCACCGCGAUGACCGUCGCCACCACAAGCCGGUGCCCCGGAGCCGGAGGCGAAGCCAGGACAGCGGCCACUGGAGGCAGAGCCCGGGCAGUGGCUCAGAUCGGAGGGGCCGCAGCCGGCACCACCCCAGCACUGCCCUUGGCCAGGAAGGGGACACCAACGGGCUGGCCCUGGUGUCAGGCUUCAAGCGGCUGCCGCGCCAGGACGUGCCCGCCAAGCCCAUCACGUCAGUCCUGGUGAAGCAGAAGCAGAGCGAAGAGUAUGGCCUGAAGCUGGGGAGUCAGCUCUUCAUCAAGCACAUCGUGGAGAGCGGACUGGCGGCCAAGGGGAACUCCUUACAGGAGGGAGAUCUCAUCCUGAAGAUCAAUGGAGUGGCCAGCCAGGACAUGUCCUUGGCUGAAACCCAGCAGCUCAUCGAGCGGACAGAGGGGAUCCUGACCCUGCUCAUCCUCCGGGACCACCGGCAGUUCCUGGUGAACAUCCCUGACGUGGACAGCGACAGUGACAGCUCCCGGAUGGAUGAUAUCUCCGACAUCGACUCUGAGCUGUCCCAUCCGCCAUCCCCUGAUGCUUCCCCACGAUCUCCAGCUGCUGCCAGGAUGAAUUCACCCCCGGAGAGGAGACGAUCGAACAAGGAGACUGUAGCCGAGGUGACCACGGCUGCUGCUCAGGGACUGGAGCCGCUGGAAGCUGUGAAGGGGGAUGGCCACAGACCUCGCCCUGCUCCCCGAGCUGCCCCCAAGGACGGGUACGGCGCCGGCUCCAGGGUCGUGCGGUUCGUGAAGGCCAAGAGCGCGGGGCUGCGUCUGGCGGGCGGCAACGACGUGGGCAUCUUCGUGUCCAGCGUGCAGGAGGGGAGCCCGGCCCACAGCCAGGGCAUCUGCGAGGGGGACCAGAUCCUGCAGGUGAAUGACACCAGUUUCCAGCACCUGACCCGUGAGGAGGCCGUGGAGCACCUCAUGGCCCUGCCCGUGGGCAAGGAGGUCACGCUGUGGACCCAGAGCAAGCCGGACAUUUACAGGAAGAUGGUCUCGUCCAACGUGGGCGACUCGUUCUACAUCCGGACACACUUUGACUUUGAGAAGGACGCGCCGUCGGGGCUCAGCUUCGUGCGGGGGGACGUGUUCCACGUGCUGGACACCAUGUACCGGGGCAGGCUGGGCAACUGGCUGGCUGUGCGCGUGGGCAGGGACCUGCAGGAGCAGGACAAGGGCAUCAUCCCCAACCAGAGCAGGGCCGAGCAGAUUGCCAGCCUGGAGUCGGUGCUGAAAGCCACAUCUGGUGCCAACCCCUCCGGGGCACGGGCCGAGUUUUGGAAGCUGCGGGGCCUGCGGGGAGCCAAGAAGAUGCUGCGGAAGAGCCGGGAGGACCUGUCUGCCCUCACAAAGCAGGGUCGCUACCCACCAUACGAGAGGGUGGUCCUGAAGGAAGCCAGCUUCAAGCGGCCGGUGGUGAUCCUGGGCCCCAUCGCAGACAUCGCCGUGCAGAAGCUGAGCAGGGAGCUGCCCGAGCUGUUUGAAAUCGCCCAGAGCGUGCCCCGAGAUGGGGCAUCGUCCAAGGUCAUCAAGCUGGACACGGUGCGGCAGAUCGCAGAGAAGGGCAAGCACGCCCUGCUGGACAUCACCCCCUCGGCCGUGGAGCGCCUCAACUACGUGCAGUACUACCCCGUGGUGGUGUUCUGCGAGCCCGAGAGCCGGCCCGGCGUCAAGGCCAUGCGGCAGUGGCUGGCACCCGACUCCAGGAAGAGCUCCCGGCGCCUCUAUGCCCAGGCCAACAAGAUGAAGAAGUACUGCAGCCACCUCUUCACAGCCACCGUCCACCUCAGCGGCAGUGGCAAUGCCUGGUUCCAGCAGAUCCAGGACAUCAUCAGGACGCAGCAAAGCCAGCCCGUCUGGAUGACAGCAGAGCAGGCAGAUAUGGCAUCUGAGGACAGUCUGGACCUGCUGAACCCACCGAGCACGGUGGCCUCAGGCUACCUGACCUGUGACAGCCACGCCAACAGCGACUACGAGGACACGGAUGGCGAAUCAGGUGCCUACACUGACGGCGAGGCAGAGGAUGCCUUCGACCAGCCUGGGCUGGCCAGGUCCUCUGAGCCAGCACAGCUGUCCCCAGGCCAUGGCCUGAGCUCCUCUGAGCCAGCACAGCUGUCCCCAGGCCAUGGCCUGAGCUCCUCUGAGCCAGCACAGCUGUCCCCAAGACAUGGCCGGAGUGACAAGGUGCCCAGGCAGCCGCAGCAGGGCCGGCACUACGACAGCAUCAGGGAGUACGAGCAUGAGGCAGUGAGGAAGAGGUUCACACGGGCCAGGGAUGACUCGGAUGAGGAUGAAGGCUACGAGUGGGGGCCAGCCACAGAUGUGUAGUGGCACUGCUGGCCCGUCCCCAUGGGCCAGCCCUGCGCCACUGGGUCCAGGUGACAGUCCAGGUAGUGCCAGAUGGGGCUGGGCCCAACCACAAAGUGCCUCCUUCCCUUUUGGCCACGGCCGCUGCUACUGAAAUAAAAGGGAUGUUUGGAUCAGGA